AUGACUCGUGAGACGGUAUACAUUAUCGACGUCGAGAGUGGAAAUCUGCGCUCGCUGCAGAACGCCAUAGAGCACCUUGGUUACGAUGCCAGACUCAUCAAAGAUGCCAGUGAUCCUGCGCUGGCCAGUGCCGACAGACUGUUUUUGCCGGGUGUUGGUAACUAUGGACAUUUCGUGCUUGAAUUCAAGAAGCGUGGAUUUGAGGAACCAAUCAGACGCCACAUUGCCGCGGGCAAGCCUUUGAUGGGAAUCUGCGUGGGUCUUCAGGCAUUCGCACAGGGAAGCACCGAAAGCCCAGGUCUUUCCGGAUUGGGUAUUUUGCCCAUAGACCUGGUCAAAUUCGACCACAACGAUCUUCCAGGUGGGAAGUCUGUGCCGCACAUUGGUUGGAACAGUCUGAAGGUCAAAGGCCCCGAGACCUCGAAGACCUACUACUCACUAGACCCUGCCUCUAAGUACUACUUCGUCCACUCAUACGCUGCUAUACUCAAGGGGGACAAGCAGAAACAACUUGAAGAAGAAGGUUGGAAUCUAGCAAUUGGAAAGUACGGCUCGGAAGAGUUUGUUGCUGCCGUUAUAAAGGGUAAUCUGUUUGCUACCCAGUUCCAUCCAGAGAAGUCUGGAGCUGCUGGGUUGAAGAUUAUAAAGGCCUUUUUGGACCAAACCAAAGUGUCAAUUCUCCCAGAAGAGAGUACUAGUUCUUCUGAUACUGAAGUGACUCCAACGGGUCUUACAAGGAGGAUAAUUGCGUGCUUGGAUGUACGUACCAACGACAACGGAGACCUGGUCGUCACCAAAGGUGAUCAAUAUGACGUCAGAGAGAAAGCCGAUUCUGGAGAUGUCAGAAACCUCGGAAAGCCUGUGGAGAUGGCGGAGAAGUAUUACAAGCAGGGAGCAGACGAGGUGACGUUUUUGAACAUCACAUCUUUCAGAAAUUCGCCUAUCAAGGAUGCUCCCAUGUUGGACGUAUUGAAGCUUGCAGCCAAGACUGUGUUCGUCCCCUUGACAGUGGGAGGUGGAAUUAAAGACGUUGUUGAUCCAGACGGAACCAAAGUUCCUGCUCUUGAAGUUGCUUCUCUGUACUUCAGAUCUGGUGCCGAUAAGGUGUCCAUUGGUACUGAUGCCGUUUUGGCUGCCGAGGCCUAUUUCACCAAUGGCUCAAAGGGUACUGGAACCUCUCCAAUAGAAACCAUCUCCAAGGCUUACGGAAUUCAAGCAGUUGUUAUAUCUGUUGAUCCAAAAAGAUUUUACGUGAAAGACGCUUCUUCCACAAAAUACCAGACCAUCAAGACCCAGUUCCCAGGUCCAAAUGGAGAGGAGUACUGCUAUUACAGGGUGACGUCCCAAGGUGGUCGUCAAGUCCAUGAACUAGGGGCUUACGAACUUUGUCAAGCUUGUGAGGCUUUGGGUGCUGGAGAGGUCUUACUCAAUUGCAUUGAUAAAGACGGAAGCAAUUCUGGUUACGAUCUAGAACUCAUCAACCACAUCAAAGAGGCUGUCCAGAUCCCAGUUAUUGCUUCCAGUGGUGCAGGAAAUCCUUCCCAUUUUGAAGAAGUGUUCAAGAAAACGUCUACAGAUGCUGCUCUAGGUGCUGGUAUGUUCCACAGAGGAGAAUAUACUGUUCACGAGGUGAAAGAGUAUCUCAGAGACCAUGGUCUACUGGUGAGGAUUGACGAUGAAAGCAUAUAG